AGCCUCAGUGAAAGAAAAGAGAGUUUCCACUCUGCAAGGUUCAUCAAGCAGUUAAUCGAGAAUGGCAAGUUUUGUGAAACAAUUGACGAGAACAGACGUUGGUUCCAUGUUGGUAAUCCCAGUUGCUUUCAUGAACAACAUGCCACAGAUUCAAGGAGGACACACCAUACAUAUAACGGUAUCAGAUGCAGGUGGAAGAGAAUGGAAUUUCGGAUACUACGUUCGAGCGAACCAAAACCCGCGGCCUGUUCUGAGAUCAGGGUGGUGCCACUAUGUCCAUGAGAAAGGACUGAGAGUUGGUGACAGAAUCAUAUUUCAGCGUCUUGAAGGCUUCCCACUGCGUUACCGGAUUGGGGCGAGAAGAAGAGUAACUAUACUUCGUCAGGAGGUGUGGACCGACGAAUUCUAAUUAAGAACACUAUGCUAUAUAUAUGUAUGAUGUUCUUGUAUGCUUUCUGGUCCUAUGUAUUGUUGGGUAUUUUCCUCUUCCAUGUCUUCUUGGUGUUUUCCUUUUCCUUUUCCAUGGGUGUUUUCCGUUUCUAGUUUUAUGUAUGAUGGACUCUAUGUUGUUUGUAUGAUGUUUUAUGUAUUCGAGGUGUUCUACUUUCAUGGUUUUCAACUUUGAAUUGUUUGAGAAACUUACUGGCAUCGUGUUUGAGUUUAAUUUGAAUGUAAGAGUACUUAAUGUUUUGAUGACUUCAUCAUUCACUCAAGAACAAUCAUAAUUGUAAAUUGAAGAAAAGAGAAAUGCAUCUCCCAGUCUUUUUCUUCAUCUUCUCAUGGACUCCAAUCAACUCAUCAAAUUAGGAAACUUGGUCGGUCGUGCAUCUGUUUGGCUGCUUUGUUCAUGUUCAAAAUCUGGAAAACAGAGGAAGCACUGCGAUGCAGAAAACAGAGGAAGCACUGCGAUGCAGAAAAGAGAAAUGCAUUGAUGAAAGAAAGAAAAUGUAUAUUU